AUGAUGUUGGUGUUUGCUCCAGGUGUCGAUAGUGAGCUGAUCGAAUGCAUCGACCAGGGGGCCAGCACGAAACACGAAAGCCGUUUGGCCGUGUUCGACUUGACAAACAGCUUCAAGGAACCCUUCACGCUUAAUCUUGUGCCUCACUGGGAGAAAGGACUAAAAAAUCGUUUUCUUGUUAUCGAUGAGAUCGCUUACAUAGGCGAAUGUGCCCAAGUGGAGAAACCGCGAACAUCUGCGACCAGUACCUUGUCACCGACUACCCUAGUAACCACACCUCGCUCUACCGAGGUGGUGCCAGAACCCAUUGAAGAGCGAACACAACCUCCUUUAAUCAUAACGGCAACAAGGAAAACGAUUUGGCCGCAACCAAGACUCAUAAGCCUACCAACCGUCCACGUUGUCAAACCAUCAACGAAGGACCCGUAUCCCAAGAAGAAGACUUACCCAACAAGACCUCCGUUCCGCUGGGUAACCCCGACGCGAUUUACAACUGAAGAGCCAGUCCAUGAGAAUUACUGCGAUUCUCUCAACUGCAAUUUUGAUGAAAACGCUUGCAGUUAUCUUAAUCAUGGAUUAACAAAAAAACCGUGGACCUUGCGAAAUCGUGCAUCAACUAACGGCCAGUUUGUAUCUACAAUCCUUGAUCCGGGCGACAUUGCAAUCUUGGAAUCGCCUAAGAUGAAUGCAACACGCUCGCUAAAUGUCCUUCUCUUCCAGUAUUUCAGGCCUUCACAGAUGACAACGAUUCGAUUGUGCUUAGGUUUGCAUUCCCUUGUUUUGUGCAGGAUUCAGGAAUACCAUUUUAUUCGAGGCUCACGAUAUACAAAUCCAUACCGAACUGUGGCGGCAUUUACUCACUGCCCUGCUAUUCUUCGCUCUGUUACCACGAAGAAUGCUUAUCGGUGGAACACCGUGCAU